GGCGAGGAAAGCCCGAGGAUUGUUUACAGGAUCGCCAUUUGCAUGUCAAUGGGACGAGAGAACCUACAGGGAAAUAGUACAUCGCAGCUAUAAGAACUGUACGACGAGGGAAUUAUUUAGAUAAUUAGGUGUUUAAAAACUUACGAAGAAUGCAGCCGAGGAUAUAGCGACAGUGAAUAGACAAAGCUCGUUCACUGGACUGCAAUGGACAGGGCCCUAGAAACGCGGGAAAAUCCGGGUGGCAGGGCUACCACGUUUGAAUAACAAUCGAGAGUAAAAGUAUGUUGGAAGAGGACAGAAGAUUUUCUACAUGAGCCAAUGGAUAAUAUCAAGAAUUGUCUUAACAAAGUUUGCAGCAGAAUUUUCUUCGCGAUUUAUUUAUAUCAUUGUUUAUUAACUACUCGGUCGCCAAUAAAAAAAUACGGUGAAUACAUAUUUUUUAGUAUUUUUUAAUGACAAAAAAGGAAUGAUAAAAUAUAAACUCCGUUUUUACAAAAUUAUUGAGGACAAAGCACGACAACUGGACUACAUAGUCAGUAAUUAUGACCCUUAAAAUUAAGAUUUGGGGCAUAAUCAUGUUGAAUCAAAAAUAGCAAGAUCUCGGAGGCGUCCAACCCCAGCCCUGAAGCUCUCGUAACGUCAAUAUUCGAGCCACGCAGGCGCGGGUUGAAUGACACUUUUGGGCUUUAGAGUGUCGUGAAUGCAGGAAAUAUCUUCCAAAUAUCUCAAGAGAACUGUCAUUAAAUCCCUCAUUACUGUGAAUAAUUCUGAAAAAUGUCGAGUUUCCCCGAAACGGAAACUGACACUGGUUCUCCGUCGAUGUCCAAGGCAGAAGACAACUUGUCGAACAGCGAUGGUCCUUUGUUGAAGAGGAGUUUUGCUAGAAAUAAUACCCCCAUCAGCCUGAAGAACGGUUCGAGCACCAAAACGUCGAGAUCCCCUUCUCGUGCACCUUCCCAUGGACAGUCUUCCUCCUUCAAUUCUGAGAAAAAGCGUUACUGCCUCUGGACGUUGACGUGCAUUCUAGGCGUCACUGGCCUCUGUAAUCUCCUCCUCAGCAUCACUAUUAUCGAUGUUCUGAGAGUUUCCCGAGGGAUGGAGUCUUUAGAAGUCAUUCCGGAAGAAUCUUUAGUCAAAUUCUUCGGGAAUACUGAUCUAGACCACGUAUGUGUUGAACAGGGAAUCUGUCAGGGAUACGGUGAUGAACCUGUUGAGAUCUACGGGCAUAACGCAGGUGUCCACCUCAACGUACAGAAUCAUCGUUUCGAUCACAUAAGAAGUGAUUUUCGCGUUCUCAAAAAUAUGACAUCAGUCUCUCAGGUAGAAUCCUUCGAGAUAAAAGAUCCCCAUGGCCACUCGCUGUUCUCCACGAAUUUUUCCAACUUCGGGUCACUCAGAGGUGUUGACAGAAUCGACGUCAAAUUGGCGCAGACACACAGAAUAGUGUCUCCAGUUAAUGAGACUCUGAUCUUGGAUUCGAAGAAACAAGUCUCUAUGCACGGUGCGGAGAGCCUCAGUAUGGAAGGGAAGGAGAUCAUUCUCGUGGCAAAUAACGAUGUGCAUUUGAAAAGCAACGACAGCAUUGUUCUUGACGCCACGAGUGGAGUAUUCCUGGAUGUUCAGAAGAUUCCGAUAGCCCCAGGAUUUGUUUUGAGUGGUAGAUCAGAGCCUCUGCAGUACAAAGUUUGUGUUUGCAUGCCAGAAGGAAAACUGUUCAGGAUACCAGUGACACCGGGUAAUAUGAAUUGCGCGAGAGUCAGCAGUUCACCUGAGGAAGACCCCUGUCGCUAGAUAAAAUCCAGUAAUAGAAAUUUUUAAAUAAAUAAAUACGUAUCUAAUAUUUUUCAUUCGACGGUAAUAUCCAAAGUUAAAAGUUACACAAGCACAAUCUCAAUGAGGUAUUACUGAGAAAUUUGGAGGAACGAAUUCUUGUAGACUUGAAAUAAUAAACUACUUGACAAAUAUCUCAAUUACACAGUUGACUUUAUUUUUGAAAUUUGUGGCGAUUAAAAUAUUCGUCAUGUCGAUCAUUUUGAAGGUGAUACAAAUAGAAAUACGAAUAAGGAGUAGAAAUUCAUCGAUUAGGAAAAAACUUGACACAUUUAAAAUUACGAUGACUCAGUGAUCAUCUCUUCAUUGCUCUCCUCCAUGUCCUCUGAUUGUUCUUGA